AUGGAUCCCGAAGAAUUCCGUAAGCAUGGUAAGGAGAUGAUCGACUAUGUUGCUGAUUAUUGGUCUACCAUACGUGAUCGAAAACCUCUACCUGAUAUCAAGCCUGGUUAUUUAUCUCAGCUGGUUCCGAGUCAUCCACCAUCUGCACCUGAAGAUUGGUCAGCUAUUUUCGCUGAUUUGGAGAGUGUUGUUCUCCAAGGUGUUACCAACUGGCAUCAUCCCAACUUUCAUGCAUACUUCCCAACUGCCCUCAGUUAUCAAGCCAUUAUGGGAGAUAUUCUGAGCGGUGGUAUUUCCGCCAUUGGUUUCACAUGGAAAUCAUGCCCAUCUAUGACCGAGUUAGAAAUGACUACUUUGGAUUGGCUGGUUGAGAGUUUAGGAUUGCCUGAGCAUUUCAAAAAUUCUGCCGAAGGACCAGGUUGCGGAAUUAUCCAAAGCACCGCAAGUGACGCCACACAUAUUGCGAUAAUGACUGCUCGAGCAAAAGCUGUGGAGAAUGUGAAAACUAGUGAAGCUAGUGGGCUCCUCGGUCGCUUAGCUGCUUCUGAUGUUGGAAAAACUGUCAAGAAUCUCUUGGCUAGAGUUCGUCAAAACACUAUUGAAGAAAAGGACAGUGACUUGAUCCUACCACACUUCCACGAUCCAACUGUCUUUGAGAAGCUUGUUGCUUACUGUUCUGAUCAGGCUCAUUCAUCUGUCGAGAAGGGAGUCAUGUUGUGUGGUGUACGAUUGAGAAAAUUGAAAAGCACCCGCGAUGAGAAGGGAAAUUUCACAGUCACCGUAGAGGACUUUGAGAAAGCCAUAAAGGAAGAUGUUUCUAAAGGUCUUAUUCCUUUUAUAAUGAUAGCCACUAUGGGAACUACUAACUCCUGUUCCUUUGACCAUUUGGAACAGUUAGGUCCAAUUUGCAAAAGAGAACACAUUUGGCUUCACUGUGAUGCUGCCUAUGCUGGUUCAUUCCUCCUAUGCCCGGAGUUCCGCUACAUGUCGACUGGAAUCGAAUAUUGCGACUCAUUCAAUUUUAAUGCCCACAAGGGAAUGCUUAUCAACUUCGACUGCUCACCUAUGUGGUUUGCCGAUGGCACUAAUGCAGCUCGCUAUUUCACUGUCGAUCCUUUGUACUUAAAACAUGAGCAUCAAGCUGUAGCAUCAGAUUACAGACAUUUGCAAAUAGCUUUGGGACGCCGCUUCCGUUCUUUGAAGAUUUGGUUUGUCCUCCGCAACAUAGGAGUUGAAGCUCUUCAAAAUCAUCUUAAAAAGCAAAACCAACAGGCAGUACAAUUCAGUGAUUACAUCGAGUCCAGUGACGAAUUUGAACUGUUCGCUCCCCAACAUUUGGGUUUAGUUUGUUUCCGAAUUAAAGAUAGUACUGAUGAAGACAAUGAAGCUCUGUGCAAUGCCAUCAACGAGGAUAGACGCAUCCAUUUAGUUCCAUCAAAGGUACACGGAAAAUUCUUCCUCCGCUUAGCAGUAUGUAGUCAGUUGACAACAUCGGAAGAUAUUAGAACCGCUUAUGAAGUUAUCCGCGAGAUACAUUUGACUUUGAAAAAGUAA